GGGGGGGGGGUCAUACAUUUAAAAACCCGCGAGUUGUAAAAAGAGUAGUACUUCUAAAUGAUUGUUAUUUAUUUUCAUUGUUAUAAUUAAUUGCCUGUUAACAUGUACAUGCCCCCCGAGGGCCCUUGAUUGGUGAAUAAACUAAUAUACAUAUAUAUUCUAUUUCUCUCCAAUUGGCAAUACUUGAACAAAGAAAGAUAACUCCAUUAAUGUAUUACACAACACUCGGAAACAUACUUUCAGACUGUUGUGAAAUUUAAAUCUUAUAUAAACAGAAACGCCGUACAAUUUUCAGUUUAAGGUAAUGUGACCGUUAAAGAAAACGUUUUUAUUUCUUUUAUCUGUGAGGAGGGAAAAGUAGAAAGAGAAAUGGAAAAAUCGCUGCCCCCGAGUGAACUUCCUCUAAACAGUGCCAUACGACUGUGCAAAGAAACUACCGAUAUUGACGCUAUAAUCGACCUGACAAAGCAUGAAAACGCACGUGUCCGGAAGACAGCGCUGGUAGAAAUGUGCCCGUGUCGAGUUAAGAGGGACUUAAGUGAGUUUUGGGCGCGAGUCGUGGAAAUGGUUGACGAUGAAGACCCCUUGGUCCGGAGACAGGUACUACACACUCUUUGUGACGGGUCUCCGGCACAUUUGGAAUAUCAAGUAGCGGAGGCAUUGCAAAUCUUUAAUAAGGACAAAGAUCCACAAGUCCGGAGAAUGGCCCAUAAAGUUCUAGGACACUACCAAAGGUCUGGCAAGUGGAAUAUCCUCUGAGAACAAGUUUCCUGAAAAUGACGCAGUGGAUGGAGCCGGGUGUGAAUAACAAACUCGGUGUUGAACAUGUCUUCAUGUUCAAAUAGGUAUUGAACGAAAUGAAAUUGCCACUUUUGUCCAGAUAACCAAGCCGAGGACGUAUAUCACAAUUGACUUCAGUGUAAGCAAGAAUUAACGACACGAUAAUUAUUGGGUUAGACAAAAUAUCAAAAUUUAUUAGUUGAUAAAAACUGAGAAAAGUUUGUAUAUCUAUAAGCAAAAUUGUUUGUUUCGGUUUGCAUUCUGAAGCUUUAAAGUUCGUAUACAUAAUUCUGUUAAUGUAAUUUGUUUGCCAUGUACCUACACUCAGAUGUGCAUUGGCCAUUUGUAUUUUGUAUAUGUACAUCGUAUGUUUUGUACAUUUGAUCUCAGUGCAUGAAAUGAACUUGAACAAGAAAAACACGAAUAAACUUUUUUUUAACUUGUGGUUCGGUAUCUAAAAACAAAAUGUCUGAGAUGUAAAGGAUGAUUUAUUUAAGUGCGACCUAUAAUGGAUUUAGACGGCCUGAUGAAUAGAUUAUGUUUUCUGACUGUACAUACUGUUUCUAGGUUUUUUUUAAUUGAUUGUAUGCGAGGGCGUUGCGCAUGAUAAGGGGUAUAACUCCGAUUCAAGAUUGCUGAUGGUUGUGAAAACAAAAUAUUGCGCAAUCCGUGAAAUUUUUGAGAUUAGGAAGACUUUAUACAUUACAACAGUCGUUAUUGGUUAAAUUUUUGUUCUUUCGUGCAAAAUGAUUCCGAUACGAUGUAUGUAUAUUCCGUUGAUAGGUGAAAAGAAAAGAAAAUUCUAAAAAUAGAACUGGGGAUUUUAUCUGAUUAUACAACGUUGGAGGAUAUGUUUGGAUGUGUUUUCUCCAUGUGACAGUGAUGAUGUACAUGAUAUAAUGAGCCUGACGUAGGGUACGUGUACAUUUGAUCAGCAUGGAUAUCAGAAACUGCAGUGCAACAACACCCAAGUAUUUCCAGGAAACGAUUGAAUCAAGAAUAAACAGCGAGUUGUUGAAAGACCUGGAAAAACUUGCAAUUCCGCCGUCGGGGUUUGAAGGCGUAAAGGAAUCCAUUAAGGAAUUAGUGACGCUUUCGGAAGGAUGGAUGUUUAAUGAACUCCCAUUCAAAGUUCAGGUUCAUCCUUGCUUUUCUAAAUUACAUAUCGAGUUCAUAGGAAGUACCAGUGAAGGACUUUCCAUUGGCGAAGUUUCAGAAGGCUGUGAAAAUGAAGAGCUAGAUCUUACCGCCAUUUUGCAGACGAUUACUGCAACAGAAUCCGAACAAGCAGAAGAUGGGAGGACUUGGUUACAUAUGCAAUACUGCGAGGAAAAUCCUGGAUUUGUACGACUGAAAGUACAAAUGAACGACAAUACCGAUAGCUGGUGUGGACUUUGCAAUGUUGUGUCGAACCAAGACGGGACCGUUAACGAAUUUUAUCUCUCGCCAGAGGCCUUUACAGACGAGUUCUUUCUGAUGUUUUGUUUGAGAUGCAGUGUGGAAAAUUUUCAUUAUUCAGCCUACUGCAAGGGUUCGGACCAACUUCUAGACGAUGGAACAAAAGUUGAUGAAGAGGAUGAUUUUCAAAAGAAAAGGCCUCAUCAAACGUUUUUUAUCGUUACUCAAGAAGGACCGGCAGUGAAAACAACCUCAAUGAUUGCUGAUAGCGAUUUGUCCGUACAGUUCGAUUGCUCACUAGCCAUAAAAUGUCCGAAUUGGCCAUCAGUAGCAAAUGAGUUCAAGGACAGGAAGCGUAUUUCCAGCUUCCCUUCUACCGAGUUUGUAAAACGCCUCACGUCUAUGGGCUGUUUGAUUGUACCGAAAUACCCACAGAACUCCUUGACACUACUUGAAUGGAGGCUCUCGUUUUGCUUAAUUGAACGAGAACUGAUGCUUCAUCUCACAGAAACACAGAGAAGGUGUUAUCUAUUAUUUAAAGCGAUCUGGAGACAAUUUCUGUGUCCACCGAUUGGAAAGGCUCUUCAGUCAUACCAUCUGAAAAACGCGUUUCUUUGGGAAUGUGAACACGUAGCUCUAAGAGAUUGGACGAAUGAAAAUACAGUCGCAAGAGUUAUGGGCCUUCUUCAGAGGUUACAGUACAACCUUUUCACACGAACAUGUCCCCAUUACAUUCUACCAGGUAAUAACUUGUUUAAAGACAUCGAUCAUUCUUUACUCUUCUACGCUGGGAUGCGAGUUCAGACCGCCAUCUUUCAAUCGCAGGUGGUGUGGAUAGAGAAUGACAUGCUGCUUUACCUACCGCCGCAUAAAUGUAGAACUUCCCUGGGGAAAAGACUUCGUAGUACAUGCCUAUCAGCUUUGAAAUACGUUAUCGAAGCAAUUGUUUCAAGUGCCGUGAAAGGUCUGAACAAAGAAGAAGGCACUGUACCUCGGUAUGAAUUCGACAGCGAAACAAUAAAAAGUUUGGAAGCAGAACUCAAGCAGUCAUUUAGCGAGGAAAUGGCAGAAACCAUUUCUAGGUAUAUUCAGUCUUCUCUCGUUUAUGAUCCGGAUAAUAUCACGAGAACUUACAUCUGUAGCAGAGCGGAUCCCAAGCAACUUCUAGUUUCAUCAAAAUCUGGUUUACUGGAUGGAAUUUCCGCAAUUGCAAAUGUCGUGAUGAACUGGGGGAAUAUCAUGGACGUGAUUACCAGUCUAGAGGUGCUGGAGACCGAAAACCUCAAAGAGUACGGCUAUUCUGAGGAGUAUAAAGGAAUUGAAAAACUCAAGCUUUUUCUUAGAAUGAAUAUGGACAAUUUUGGUAGAUAUUGCACCCCAAGUUUUGGAGAUAACUUUGAUGAUUUUGAAGAUGGAAGUUUUGUCUGUGAUGAUUGUGAAAAUGGAAUUACUCAAGAAAGAUAUCACUGCAAAACUUGUCCCGAUUUUGAUGUUUGUAAAAAGUGUUACCCCAUAACAAAACAUCCACACGAAUUUGAAUUAAUUGAAAUGGAUGAUGAUGAUGAUGAAGAAGAUGAUGCUGAUGAUAAUUAUGAUGAUGAUGAUGACUCCAAUAUAGACUGCAAUCAAUCCUAAGAAAAAUCAAUAGACCUGGUGUAAUAUUCAAAGUAAAGAAAUACUGUUAAAUUGGCCGACAUGCGAGCAUGAAAGAAAGGUCCCACAUGAUGCAGAUGACAGCAUUCCUAGGCAAACUACAUUAUUUGUUAGUUUGUCGUCCUUUCGAAAACUUUGCACACUGACAUGUCGAGAUAAGUACUGGUAUGUGUUUGAUAAUUUCCAAACAUUUGUCGAUCUUAAUGAGGGCUUGUUUAUAGAAAAUGUUUCACUUAAUUUUCGUUGAUAUAAGUGACACCUAAGAAAUAACACUGGAUGGAAAUGAUGACAUAUUAAAGUACAAUGAUCGUGUCGGAUUUUGAAAUAUACCGAUCCAUUAUUCAGCGGAAGUCUGUGUUUUGAUGUUGCGAUAAUGUGUAUUGUAAUAAAAUAUUAAUUUGU